ACCAGGCAUUACGCAAGUAUGCCAAUAGUCACGCAUCAUCAACUCUCAGCGUACAAUGGGAAGCUACUGAAAGAACACCUGCUAAAUUACGUCCCUUUGAGUGCCUGACGCAGCUCAUACUUCUCUAGUGCCGGCCAGAAUUUCCUGAAGUUGCUUUCUAAUAAAUCUGCAAUGGGUGUUGCUUCCAAGUUUGCUGAGGCUCUUCCACGAGACUAUGGUUAUGUUCUUCUGGUUGGAUGUGUUGGCAAUGUUUUUGUGAAUAUGUGGCUUGCUAUCAAUGUAGGCCGUGCACGCAAACAGUAUGAGGUCGCUUAUCCAGAGAUGACCAGCUCCAACAAAACGUUCAACUGCAUUCAGAGAGCACACCAACAUGCGGUGGAAAACGAGGCAAGGUUCUUGACACUUUUGUUUGUCGGUGGUCUUCAGUACCCUAGAAUCUCAGCUGCGGCUGGGUUGGUGUAUUUGCUAGGAAGGGUCGUGUUUGCCCUGGGCUAUUACACUGGAGACCCUGAAAAGCGUAGACGUGGUGGAUUUAUGCAUCUUGCUGAACUGUGUCUGCUUGGAAACUCCAUCUCAUUCAUUUGCCAUCAGUUGAAAUGGCCACGAGCUUGUUUUCAAUCCUGUCACAGGUGUUAGCAAAAUAUUCUGAUUAGUUGUAACUAGCAUAAAAGAAACUCUGGAAAUUUAGUUUCUAGCUGCAUCUCAUGUAGCAUUUUCUAGCUUUGCUUGCUUUUUUUUUUUUAAUUGAAUUGACCUUGUCAAUUUUUUUGCGGACAGCAAGUAUCAGUGGAACAGGAACAGAUGUAAUUUGAGGAAGAUGUGAUUGUAAAUAUAAUGCAAGCUAUUCCUGCUACUCCCAAAUGUUUGGGUUUGAUGCAUCACAGAGAAAUCUCAGAUAGUGUGGCUUAUCAAUUUUUGAAAACAUGACAGAACAAAGCUUUUUCAAAAUGUUAGAUUUACAGGGACAAAAAUAACACUGUGCCACUCGGUAAAAGUGAAGUGAUUAAAACAUUUUGGCAAAUUUAUUUGUUUAGAUAACAUAGUUUCAAUUGUAACAGUUGAUGCAAAGUUCAAACUUAAAGAAUAGUUAAAAAAAAAUCUUUGACAAAUAGUAAGAAAAUACAGUUUUGCAUCAUGGGAAAGCUGUAAUUUGAGCUUGCUUACAUUAACUCCGAUCAGCUAAAUGGAUAAUUUAGUCUAGAUUUGUUUUUGCUAAUUGUUUUUGCUCAUGAUGGAAUCAUGCAUAUCAUCAAUAUUUUGAUCAUAAUUGCUAUUACUAUUAUGUGAGCUGUUUCAUUUUUUAGAGAUGAUUCCUUAGACCUUUAUAGGAAGUGACUUUUCAUGUUAAUUUUUAUGGGACAUAAGUUUAUAUGAAGACAUUUUGUCUUAAAUGCUACAGCAUGAAAUAUGCGUGUUUAUUAUCACCACAUAUUUGGCAAAAAAUUUAUAGUUCACUUACAAAUCUGUCCUGGAGAUAAUUUACGUAUACAUUUGUUCCCUAAUUUUAUGCGAUCUUUGUAGAUGCUUUUCAUUUACUUCUAAGAUCCAUCUGAAAAUGUUGAUACCACUGAUCAUUUUACCACAAUAUCAUUAUGUUGUUAGAGAGUAUGUGGUCACAAAUAUAUUGGACUGUGUGAUGAAAAUU